AUGGCCUGCUGCGCUACUAGCUUCUGCGGCUUUCCCACAUGCUCCACCGGUGGCACCUGUGGCUCCAGCUGCUGCCAGCCCAGCUGCUCCCAGUCCAGCUGCUGUCAACCCAGCUGCUCCCAAUCCAGCUGUUGCCAGCCCUGCUGCUCCCAGUCUAGCUGCUGCCAGCCCUGCUGCUCCCAGUCCAGCUGCUGCCAGCCCAGCUGCUGCCAACCAAGCUGCUGUGGAACCGGCAGUGGCCAGGAGGGUGGCAGUGGAGGCGUGAGCUGCCGCGUCAGAUGGUGCCGCCCAGACUGCCGCGUGGAGGGCACCUGCCUGCCCCCCUGCUGCGUGGUGAGCAGCACACCCCCAACCUGCUGCCAGCUGCACCAUGCCCAGGCCUCCUGCUGCCGCCCAUCCUACUGUGGACAGUCCUGUUGCCGCCCAGCCUGCUGCUGCUACUGCUGCCCCCCAAGCUGCUCUGAGCCAAGCUGCUAAGAGCC